UCGUUUUUUUUUCUCAUCAUUUGACUAAAUUUAGAUGAUCGUUUGAUGUUCGACUGUUGGUUACAUUUUAAUUCCAAUUAAUUGAAGGAGAGGAAAAUAUAUUUUCGAUUUGAUUCCAUUUGCUUCCGACUAAUUUGAUUUUCUAAUUUUUCCAAUUUCUUUUUUCCUCUUAUUCUUAUUGAUUGUUACCCGUUUUUUUUUUCUUCAUCAACUUGAAAUGAUACAUUUUAGCCCAAUCAUUUCAACUAAUUUCUCUAUCUUAUUGGAAUCUAAAAUUAAUUAACGCUGCUAAUUGUCCGGGAACCUGAUGAUGAUCGUGCGUUAAUCUUAUCGGCUAAUGAAUUUAUAAUUUCGUUAUGUAUCACUAAACAUAAUCUGUCACCAGAAAAAGUGUAUGAUUAAGUUGAUAUUUAUAUUUAGAUUCGCAAAUACACAAAAUGAUUAUGAUUUGUUUUCCAUCCUGUUAUUGUGUUACUACUGAUGAUGAUUACGAUGAUGUGAUCAUUAGCUACAUGUGAUCAUCAUACACAAAAAGGGAAACAUGAUUGCUGGCACACUCUCGCUGUAAUCUAGUUAACGAGCCCAAAUUAACUACCGUAAUUAGCUGAGUUUUCCGCUGGAACGGGAAUCAAAGUCCAAUUGACUUGAAUUGAACACAAUUGAUCAGAAAAGUGUUCAAACAUGUAAACAACAACAACACAAUAUAAACAGAUGAAAGAUGAGGGAUGAAGAGAGAUGAAGAUGAUAAGUGAUUAUGAUUAGUGAGCCUUAGCAAUUGAUAUUACCCAAAAACGGAUAAAAUAUUAUCAAUGAAGAAAACGAGCUCAAUUAUAUAAACCGUAACUCUUAACCAUGAAAUUGGGUUUAAAGUUGAACGAUUAACUCCUCGAAUUUGUUUCCGAAUCUUAACCAAUUCCUUCCUCUCUCAUUAUCAUCAUCAUCUUCCAUCAUCAUUGUUAUCAUCAUCGAUAUCUUCUUAACUCCCUCUUCCUUUCCGGAUAAUGAGAUGAUGAUUGGAAACAAAUACUCACCUGAUUAACUGUUGACAAUUUGAAAAAAGAAAAUCAUUUUAAUCGUUCAACAACAAUCAACGAAAAAGUCACCUCAUGGAUUCCCUUAUUUCUUAAAUUGUUCACCAAAUUAUUUUAAACAGUUAAUCCAACAAUUUACUCCAAUAUUAAUUAAUCAUCUUGUGCCUUAAUCAAUAACCUUUUCUUUGUUUUUUUUCCUUCACAAUUUAGAUUGGAAUUGGUUGGAAUUUGAUUUUCUCUGUAUAAAUUGAGUGUUGAUUGUUUCGUAUUUAGUAAUUAGAUUGGUUAAUCAUAAUCCUGUUGUGGAAAUUUUUUCCCCAAUUCCUUUCAAGUGUAAAUGUAAAUUAUGAUGAUAGUUAAUUGUUUUCACAUUCAACUUACAAAAUCAACGCCAUGAAACAAUUUCUUUUAAUUAGUUUAUUAUUAUUUAUCAAUCAUCUAUUACCUUUCAUCGAGUGCCUGAUAUUUGACAAGAAAUCACUUCCUCGGGAUUAUAUUGCUGAUGGUUUAAAGCUACAAUCAGUGGAUAAGACGAAAAGUCCAAUUAAUCUGUUCGGAUCGGGCUCUCAUUAUCGACCUGUAAGAGGAUAUGGUAAAGAUUAUGAUUAUGAAACUGGUGAAUCGGUUGAAGAUGAAUUCGAGGAGGAAUUUGUCCCAUUAAAAGCGACAAAGGAUAAAGAGAAUGACAAUUGGUCGAAUAAAGUAAAUAAUAACAACAAUGGACCAGAAUCACAUAGAACCGAUAAAUUCCCUUCGAAUGAAGACAAUAUUGGGAGUAAAAGUUUAUCGAAAUCACCCGAUGAUCUACCUCGAAUUUCUGGUACAAAUAAACAAAUGAAAAGUUCGUCCAGUGAGUCUAAAGAUUGGAGAUAUUCCGUUUGUGAAGAGUUUCUCCUUCGAGAAUCUGGAAUCUCAAAGAUUCCCAAAGCUUUAAGAUAUCAUGUUGAUAUUGAUGAUCAUAAGCGACUCAAUGUUAAUCCGCCUCUGGAUAAGAAAGAGAUGAUCAAAUGUUUACGAAAAUUGGCAAUAAUUCAUGGAACUGAUUCAAGAAACAAAGGAUUAGAACAUCUUAAUAAUAUUAAACAGAAUCAACUCUCACCAAGCCCUUUCUCUGCUCCAUCAUCAUCUUUGAUUCCUCCGUCAUCUAAACCUAGUAAGUGGCCUUCGAGUUUAUCAUCUGAUGGUGAUCGAAGCUCUUCAAUUUCUCCAGCCAAUUUGGAAGCUAAUCGAGCUCGUUUACUCUCUCGACUUAGUGAGGAGCAAAUUAGAAAACUGUUACUUUUAUUAACUGAAAUUUUGGACAGAAGGAUUAAACCAGAUUCUGAAUUGGGAAAAGCUCCAGUUCAUGGAAAGUUAACACCGCUCAUGUUUCCAAGUGAAAUGGGCUUUAAAUCGGGAAUAAGCAGACAACCUCCACUUCCUUCAGUUGGCCCUUCAUCGAUUCCUCCUUCGAAUGGUCCUAAAUUUCCCAUAUUGACCCCGCUCUCUGGUUCCGGCAGUACAAUCAUGGACCCUGGAUCCAGAAAUCUAAUCGAUCCUCUUUCCUCCUCUAUGCAUUAUAAUAACCCUUUAGGGUUCAACUCACCUUCAUCUCGAGUAAUCAAACCUUAUCCUCGAUACUCAUCCAAUCCUGUUUAUGGUCGUCCGUUCCAACCUCCGUCACCGUCUUAUCCUGGUUACAAUCCUUUCUUGACAUCUUCUUAUCCUCUGCCUUCACCACUUUUACCCAAUAAUUUGCACCCAGCAACUCAAAUUACUCGUUUUCCAUUCACUUCUCCGAGUGGAGUGAAAAAGCUUUUGGUAAAUGAAGUUCUUGGUGUAAAAAAAAUCGAAAAGUACAAUGGGGAACGUGAAGUUGAAGUCGGAGGUGGACCUAAAACUGUGGUUGUUCAUGAAGGUGAGCUUCAUGUUGAUCCCACUGGUGAAUCGGCAGCCAUUGAAAUUGAUGAGAAUAAAUUGAAAAGAUAUCGAGAAAGUUUAAUGGCUGCUUAUGGGGCUUAUCCUCAUCAUCGACUACCUGGAAUCCAUGGUCAUGGAAUGAAUUUCCCUGGUCGAGGCUCAUCAACAAACGAAAGAUUUGGUCCACAAUUUUAUGAUUCCUUCCGUGAUCCUGGUUUCUUCAAUGAUUCCCCUUUCCCACCUUCACCUCCAGCACCUUUGCUCGACUCAUCCAGCUCAUCUCAAGCUGAGCUCUCAGCCCUACCAGUUUCACCUUCAUCAGUUGGAAGGUAUCACAGAGAUCGACAUCAUCAUCAUCGUCAUCAAAGUUACCUUCACAAUAACGCUAAUGAGUAUGUCUACUCUUCUGACCAAGGGUCAACCUCAGCUCCUCCGCCCGGGGUACAAAUAACCAAAUGCGACGAAAACGGUAAAUGCACCGGAUCUCCAGGUAGUAUCGUUGGGGAAGAGGAAAGUAUCAAAUCAAAGUACAAGGCCAACAAUUCAGCGACACGAGCAGCUUAUGGGCGAUACGGAGCAAAAUAUUUAGGCCUGACAUUAACCUCGAUCGCUAAUUAUGCCUUGGGCAAUUUAAUGGGUGUUCUUUAUGCACCUUUCAUGAAAAGUCGGGAUCAGAAUAAAGCUGGUAAAGGUAAACCAGGUAAAAGACCAGUAACUAUACCGAUCGGAGGUCGUCCCGUUAAAGGGAUGUUUGAUCCAACAACAUCAUCGCUAAGUGGAGGUCACAAUGAGAUUGACAAAGUAUCUAAAGAGCCAAAUAAUCAGCCAGGUAAAGGUCAACCUUUGGAUCAAGAGAUUGACAGUUUAAUUGAUGAUUACGAUGAUGUUGACGGAGAAAACAACACCAACAGUAAGAAAAAGGCCAAAAGACGAAGGAAAAAACGACGCCGUUGAAGGUGAAUGACAAAAUAUGGGCGAAAGUUUUAAUUAAACGUUUUCUCAAGUUGAUCGAUCAAAUUAAGUUAAAUAAUAACACUAAUUAUUUAGUAGAUUAUCAUUAACUUUCAAAGCAACAAUAAGAAAAACAUUUUUAAUUGUUGACAAUUUUUUUCUGGCUUCGAACCCGCCAAAACAAAUGGAUGAGAUCAUCAUCCUUAUUCAUCAUGAACAUUUUCAUCAUCAUCACAUCAACAACAACAACAACAUCAUCAUCAUCAUCCUCAUCAUCAUCAGUGUAACGUCAUCCAUCAAUCAUACACAUUAAAUUAUGUAAACAUUUUCUAAUAACAAUCAGACAGAAACAAAACAAUUUAUCGUUCUGUUUACACUUUACCUACAUUUUCCUACUGUUAUUAUAUUAAUUCAGGUAAAAGGUGAAACUAAUGAUUAGUAAACAAUUUAAAUUGUAUCAGAGUCUCAGGUCACCAAUUUUUUUCCUCUUCUUCAUGUGACAAAAUUGGUUAAUCAUCUUUUCACUAUUUACUUAUUCAAUUGUCAAUACUGUUUAGUGAAUCAUGAAAGUGACGAUGAUAAUGAUGAUCUAAUUUAAUCUUUAUCAAGAUCAAAUUGAUUGUUCAGAUUUAGUAUCAUGAUCCGUUCCAAUUGAUUUAGUUUAAAUAUCACCGGAAAUUUGGGUUUACAAAGUGAUUUAAUUUAAUUCCUCUCAUCAUAAUCAAUGUCGUUACUUUAUUAUUACUUUAACUUCAUUGACAAGGUUGACAAACAGAAAUCCGAUUAAAUUAUCGAUUCUCAAUAAUCGGUAAACUAAAUCAACUUUAAUUGUUUAGAUAAUCGCGCUUCCUAUUAUUAUCUUCAUCUAAAUUACAAGAUUAGGUUGAACGAUUAAUUAAUCAAUCAACAUUAACAAGAUUGGUUUAAAUUGUUGGUUAACCAAAUUAGUUUCAUUUUUUGUUCACCUUCAAACUUUAUUAAUACAAUUAAAUAGUUGAAAUUUAAAUUUUAUCAUUGAUUCAUUUUCAAACAAUACAACAAUUAGCUAAAUUGUUUUGGUCCAUUGAGAUAUGGUUUACCAAAACUUUUCAAUUGAUUAAAAGUUAAACAUCUUGUUUGUUGGUUAAUUGCUUGGAAAAGGUUUAAUUAUCAUUAAUAAUUUCAAUUAAUCAAAUGGAUUUAAAUUACUUGACUAGAUAAAUAUUUAUUUUAGUAACAAUUAGUUGAUUGUCUUAAAUCACUUACCAUUCAU